GAGUUAGAGACCUCAGAAGAGAAGAGAAGGCAGUGGGACAAGCGGCGGCUGUGAGAAGAGGAGAGCCGCUUCUGCCCUGGUGCUGCCAUCGUAGGCGGCGUCCCCCUCCCAACUCGAUCGUCUGUGGAAUUUUUCACUUGUUGCUCACGAGCACAGAUUUUGAAACCCGCACACAAAGUGUCCGGGCGCACAAUUCGACAAGAGGUUCACCGUUGGAAAUUUUGUUCAAGGACGGGCAGGGGGUGCGCGGACUGACAAUUUGGGGUUGAUCAGGGUGCGUGGAAAAGCUUAAAGGACUUGGAGAAAUAACACUCGGCUGUAACGAGGUUGCCCAAGCAUUGAAUGGAAUUGUUGUGCUCCGUCUUGCACGUUAUGCACCUUCAGUAGAACGCAUGUCAAGAGGUGUAUCACAAUUAUGCUCGUUUACUUUUCGGAGCAUGGUUCUAGGUUUAGUCAUUUCAUCGCAUUCACACCUUAGAAGGUGUUUGGACCUGCUCAAUUUUUGGUGCGUUUGAGUGUUAGAACUCAUUGAAGAUUCGCUGGUGGUUCAGAGAGGAGAACGAAAUCCUGACAAUCAAGAGAGAUAGAUUGUCUUUGUAGGUUUUCCAGUUUUUGGAGAUGGCGUCCAAGCAGCCGCGCCCGCUGAAAAGUCUGAAUAAGGGUCCUGGCUCCAAGCGCUUUGUGUUCAAGAACUUUGCGACUCGCGUGGAGGAAGUAGAUGUGGACGUGUUUCGCAGUCUUGCACCAGUGAAGUUUCAGCCUACCGCAGGCUCUUCUUUUUUUCACGAAAACCUUGUACAAUGGAGGGAAUUAAACAGUGCUGCAGACUUCAACGACGUCUAUCAGCAGCUGCUGCCUGUGGUGCAAACGCUACCACAACUUUUAUUCCACAAGGAGACUGUGAUGGAGUGUUUAUUAUCCCGCGUUCACAUGAGUGCCGCCCUUUCCUUGGAACCGAUAAUGAGUUUAAUUGCGCUGUUAUCUCGCGACUUAAGGGAAGAAUUUGUACCAUACAUUCCUCGCUUAUUGGACGCAUGUGUAUGCGUGCUGAAAGAGGGGGCAGAUCGUGAUCCAGAUCUUAUUGAACAGGUUUUUACGUCAAUUUCCUAUGUCAUCAAAUAUCUGAGCAAGCUUCUCACAAAUGAUAUCCCGUCUUGCUUGAAGAUGACUAGAGGGCUGCGUUAUUAUCCUAAAUCCUAUGUGCAGGAAUUUGCAGCGGAGGCAGUUUCAUUUUUGCUCCGAAAUGCCUCCAUGAAGCAAUUAAUCAAAGGUGUUCGUAAGAUUGUUGCAGAAGCUGAAGCAGAUCCUAUUGAGGAAAAGAUUUCAGGAUGCGCCGCUCUUUUCUGUUAUACGCUAAAGGGUCCUUCCUCUGGUCUACACUCUCGUGCGGAGCCUCUGUUGAGACUGCUGCUCGAUCGCUCUGUUCUGUCUGGUGUGACCAAAAAAAAUUCAGAGGGGAGAUCUGUUGCUCUAAAAGUGGUGUCGGAAACUCUGAGCCGCAUCAUAGAGGAUGUGCGCAGGGAAAAACUAGAUCUUCUCUGGACCUGCCUUCACGAAGAAAUAGUGCAGGAAUUAGAUAAAAUGUCCUUUCUCAAUCAGGACGCUUCUCAAUCAUCACAUUCCGGCUUAGUUAACGGGGGUGGUGAUCACAUUGAAAAAUCAUCUUAUAAUGGUGGGAAAUCUAAUGUUAUUGGUGCGCACGACAAUAUCGAUGAGUUGCACCUGACUUCGUGUUUGUCCCUGCUGAAUGGUGUUCUCGAGUAUCGAAAAGGAAGUCGUGUUAAUGACUACAAGCCUCUUUUUGGUCUCGCAACAAGGUUUUUGCAGCCUUACUUUCUCCUUGUAGACAAGGAAGCCACAUCAGAAAUUGUAAUAGUAGCUGACUCAUCAGUAGCACUCUGUUCUGAGGUUCUCCGAUUAUUACUGGCUUUAAUCAAGAGCCAUGGACGACAAGCAGGUGCCAGCUUUGGACCAGCAACUAUAGCUAAGACUGCGCCGACAUGGGCUUUGGCAUUUACAUGUCAGAAGAGUACUAGUAUUCUACCUUUCUUACGAGGCGUUAUCGAGCAGGACUUCGACUUGUUGCGUCCAUUUGUUCCCUAUAUUUUGAGGGCUCUUUCUGGGUUGAUACAAAGGAACACCUCAACAGCACUUCCUAUGGUGCUAGAUUUGUGCCAGAAGAUGGAUCCGUCAGGGAAUCACCCAUUCUUAUUGACGCAUCUGCCGGAUAGCACGAACUUGAUAAACUUUGUCACUAGGCUAAUCGAAGAUUCGAUAGCUUCGCUGAGGGCUUCUUUGCCGAAUGGCCGAAAAAUAUCGAAGUUCGAGGACUUUCUGAAGCUCGAGCCUGCUUUGAUGUGGGUGGCACUUAAUUGUUUCCCUUACAUUGUGGGUUCAGGCGAUGACCACUUGGGACGAGCCUGGGAGUUUGCGGUGGCUAUUGAGGACUAUAUAACCGCGUUUGAUAAAGGUGAGAUAGAGGAUUCUAUGAGGACCGGUGGAGUCGCGAAUAAGCUAUUGGAGACUUUGCUUGGGGCAGCAUUGUCUACACAUACGAAAUUGCUGCAGAGGACAUCCAACAAUAUGAAAGAGUGUGCUAGUACAUUUAUUGCAUUCGCAAAUCGACACAUGCAAUCAGAACCCGUCUUGAAAGCGGUGGCUGAUUAUUUGGACGCUGCUUUUGGGUCUCUACAAGCGGAAGAUCAGGCCAGAGUAUAUCCUGCAGAACUCGGUACCUCGGCUGCACUGAAAUUUUUCCCACUUGCAAGUGUGAAUCUGGGAUCUCCUGUUAAGGCAAUUAGACUUGCAACACUGCGGGUCCUCAGUUACUUUGAGCCGCUUUCUAAUUCGCAUGAAGACGGCUCUCAGAACGAUUCUAAACGACAAAAACGAAAUGACGGUUUGUCGAAAGAGAAUGGGAAGGGACAGACUAGUAAGCUGGUACAGCAGAUGCUCUCUAUAGAAGCGGCCCCCUUGGUGCUUGAAAGUUGCCGGCAAAGUAAUCUGAUAGUUGCUCACAUCAAAGUAGAUGUUUGUGCUGGUCGGGUUCCGGGAGCUUAUGUAGUCCCACUUGUUCACAUGAUGGUUGGGAUCUUGCGGAAUCGAUUUUCAGUGCUGUGGGAUCCAGCUAUGGAGUGUCUGGCUGCUUUGAUCGAUACCGUGGGUGUCACUGCUUGGGAUGUUUUGACUGAUUACUUGCAGCAUUUUCAGAAAGAUUUUUUAUCACAGCCUGUUUUUGAAUCAAGAAAAAGAGAGGAUGUUAGGGAAGGCUGUGUUUGUCUUCCACAUGCAGAUGCCCACGCAAGACUGGACGCAAAAUUAUCUGAGACGACUGACAGUACAGACACUGGUACUCUUUUGUCUCUGGUCCUUCGGACCACUCAAAAACUACCGAAGUUUGCAGAAGCCAAAUCAAGGCAGCUCCUUCCACUUUUUCUUGCAUUUGUUGGUCAUAUUGAUGAGGACAGUGGAUCUUCUGAAACCACCAAGGGAGGAAGUGGCAAAGAUUGGAAGAAAGCCCUGAAAGAGUGGCUGACAUUGUUGAAAGAUAUGCGAAAUGCUCGUGCAUAUUACAAAGGAGCAAUAGUGAAGGGGAUCUUAUUGAAUAGGAUUCUCAUGGACAAUGAUCCAUCAAUUCAGACGUUAAGUCUAGAAUGUCUACUCAACUGGAAAGACAGCUAUCUGACAUCACAUGUUAUGCAUCUGCAAAAUCUCAUCUCAUACUCUUCUCUUCGAGAGGAGCUUACGACAUGGGAUAUAAGAAGAGAAUCUCAUCAGGUGCAAGAAGAGCAUCGGUCUGGGUUACUUGAAGUGGUUCUGCGCAUUCUGUAUCCCAAAAUCAUGAAACGCAGUGGCAAGUUUGCUGGAAAGACAGGAGCGGGUGUGCAAAGGAAUGCUGUUCUUCAAUUUUUGGCACAGUUAGAGACGGAGGAGCUGGCUCCUCUUUUCACUCUUUUGCUAAAGCCUUUGCAGACUUCAUUUUCUGACGCCGCGUCCUUAAUAUCUGAGGGAUCAACGCCCCAAUGGGAGGCUGCAAUUUUAAAAAGAGAGGUUACUUCUAAAUUUAUUGAUUGGGUUGAUGUUAGUGCUGUAGCAGCCCUGCAAUACAAACGAAAGAUGGGAUUUUUACACAUGGUUAAAGAUUCCCUCGACAUUUUUGAUAGGGAAAGACUUGGACCUUAUUUGCACGCGUUGCUGGGUCUAGUCUUUAAGUGCCUCGAAAGUACUUUGGGAGUGAGUGAAGAAUCUUCUGAAAUGGUUGAGAAAACAAGAUCUGCAGACCAGAUAAUGGUAGAUGGAAUGGAAUUGGACUCAGUGGAGAACAAAGCGGUCCAGGCGAUUUCUGAGGCUAAAUCUGCUCCAGCAAGUAAUGCAUCCAUGCAGGUUGAUGUUGGCACUGACGACACCAAUACAGAGUCACCAUCUGCUCUGACGGAAGUUGCUGACAAAAUGGAGGAUGCUGAAGACAUAGAUGCAGAAGAUCUGAACGAAGACGAGGAGGAAUUGGAGCAACCUUCGAAAACGAAUGUUGGGGGUAGUCACGACUUGAGAACACUAUGUUUGAAGAUCAUUGCGACAGUAUUAACGAAAUUUGAGGAUUUCGACUACAAUCUUGUGUAUUGGGAUAUAUUCUUUCAGUCGAUUUCGCCUGCAAUUCAAAAGUUCGCUGCGGAAAAUCAUUCGAGCACUGCUCCUGGGGCUGUCUUUUCCUGCCUUUUAUCGAUGGGAAAGAGUGUGCUCUUGGCACCUCUACUUGCCCGUGUUCCAACCCUUGUGCCGAAUGUUGUUGCUGUAUUCAGUUACAGAACCGCUACACCGGCUGUCAUAACAGCAGUUGUCAGCUUUAUUGAGGGCUUGUUGAAUCUUGAAGAGGAAGAUGGAGAAGAUGGGCAGGAGGUUGUAAAAAAAGUAUUGUUGCCUCAUCUACAGGUUUUGCUUGCCAGAGUUCAUGAUCUUUUGUCGAUCAGGCGGGAGAAACUCAAGGGAAAGUCGUCUGCUUUUUCUGUGAAACGUGAACUAAGAAUAUUGAGCCGACUUAGUCAUUAUGUCAAAGAUAAGGAGGAGGCAAGGAACUUAGUGGAUGUGUUACUUCCUUUCUUGAAGAUAAAGAAGCGGAUGGAUCAAGAUGUCUUGAAGGAGGUUCUCCAUGUCCUUAGUGGUCUGGCACCAGCAUUGGACGUUCAGAGUAUCGAUAAAUGUCUUCCAGCUCUGGCGCUUCUUCUAGCUUCAGUUUCGAUGCAAGGGAAUCGAAUUGCAAUUUGUCAAAGUCUUGAAGAGUUUUCUCGUGUUGAUUCCUCCCUUCUACCAGUGGCGGAGUUAUUAGUUGACUUGAAUGCCAUGUCAACUACAACUAUGGAAGAAUUUGACUAUGAUCGGCGACUACAAGCUUAUGAGCGAAUGGAUUCAUCGUUUUUUUCUCAUUUCAAUAGAUCAACGGGUCUGCUUGUUCUAUCACAAGCAGUUUUCGACAUGGGGUCUGAGGACAUGUCUCUCAGACACAGUUCUUCGAGCUGUUUGCAGUCGUUCGUCAAGUUCGCGUCCUCUUUACCGGAGGAAAAGUCCGCUGACGACUUGCAAGAUGAUAAAGUAGAUGAAUUGUGCGAGGACGCGGGAAUCUCUCAUGAUGUUGCUGAUGGUGAACUGGCUAGCGAACCGGUGGAGGGUAGCUUUGAUGUUUCUGAAGUCCUUACUAAGGGGGGGACAGGAUCAGUCAAGUCACUGGUACAAAGGUUUCUACUUCCACAUGUUCGUAAUUCGAUGGGAUCUGAACUACUCGUUGUGAGAAGGGAAUGGGUUACUUUACUACGUGUAAUGGCUCUGAGCUUUUCAAAAAUUCCAGCCCUGAGCGAAUAUCAAGGCCUUGUGAACACAGAUCCAGAAGUUGACUUCUUUUACAACAUAGUCCAUCUACAGAUUCACAGAAGAAUCAAGGCAAUGGCAAAAUUCAGGACCUUGUGUGCUGCUGGAAAUUUCUCUCAGGGAGCCCUCUUGAGGAUUUUUGUACCUUUGUUUAUGAAUUCUAUAUUCGAGGCAAAAGGUGACAAGGAGGGAAACCUUGCGGGAGCUGCUAUCGAAACUAUAGCAUGCAUAGCCAGCCAACUCACCUGGGAGCCUUAUUUUGGAUUGCUGAUGCGGUCAUUCAGGUUCCUUACUUCAAAAGCGGAACAUCAGAAAGUUUUGGUGCGAUUGGUGUGUUCAACUCUUGAUGCUUUUCACUUUUUUGAGUCGAGAGCAGAAGACAGUAUGUGUGAGGACACAAGGGAUGAUGCGAACAACGGCACCACACAAGCGUUACCAGUUGAGAUAGAAAAUCUUCUUCGCAAGCGUGUUUUGCCUGAAUUUAAUAAGGUAAUGGUUUCAAAAAUGGACAUCGUCAAUUCUUCAGUGGCUCUUGCGCUGGUGAAAAUUCUGAAGCUUAUGCCAGAAGAGGUAGUAGAGGUUGAGUUGCCACGUAUACUGCAAAGUAUUACAAAUUUGCUUAAGAACCGAAACAGCCAGGCAGUGAGGGAUGAGGCUCGUUCUGCACUAGUCUCAGUGGCUGCCACUCUAGGCCCACGUUAUUUGCACUUCAUUGUAGGUGUUCUGAAGGCUUCACUUACGAAGGGAUUCGAGGUUCAUGUACUGGGUUACACUCUGAAUGCAAUCCUAGUAAAGGUUGUAGAAACAGUGAAAGUAGGGGAGUUUGAUUAUUGUGUACCGCUACUAUUGGAAUUACUGGAGAAUGAUAUCAUGGGUGAAGUAGCGGAAGAGAAAAAUGUGGAAGCUAUUGCAAUCAAGAUGAAAGAGACGAGGCACAUGCGAUCCUUCGAUGGCAUGAAACUGAUUGCGCAAUUCAGCACUUUCCCAUCUGUAGUUCCCACUUUGCUGGGCCCGGUUAGGAGAAAUUUACCGAAAACGUUUUCCCCAAAGAAUCGCGUGAAGGUUGAGAAUAUGUUGAAGCACAUUGCCCUUGGUUUGCAAUCUAAUUCUUCGGUCAGGCAAGAUGCUCUUUUUGUUCUGGUCCACGGGCUACUGGAAGAUGGCUUAAAGGAGGAGAAUGCUGUAGCUUUAUCGCUGGCUGCCAAGAAGCAGGAAAAACUAGAAGGAAAGGGAUCUGGAAGGCUGACGAAGAUGGUUGCUGCAAAAUCAGCAGAAUUAAAUUACAGUAAAGAUAAGGAUGCGAACAAUAAUGCUACCACUACCGGAACCGGAAUUCCAAAUGCACAUCUGCUCACAGAAUUCGCUCUGCAGUUGUUCUACACUCACUUGAAGAAAGUAAAGAUCAGUUUUCAAGAUCAGCUGACGUUGUCAAUGCUCGAUCCUUUAGUGGAUCUAUUCUUUAGAUUUUUGACUUCGAAAUAUGACGGCGUCUUGUCGGGGGUGAUGAAGUGUCUAAGUAUACUCGUUAAGUUGCCUUUGCCCUCUGUGGACAAAUGUGGAGCCAAAAUGUCAAAGCUAGUGUUCAACAUGGCUCAGCAAUCUGGAAGGACUGAUACUCCGGUUAUGCAGGCUUGCUUCCAGCUUCUUAUCACUCUUAUUCGGCAUUGCAAGACUGCAAAGAUAACAGAUGAGCAGCUUCGGUCGCUACUAAGCUUUCCUGUGUUUACUGACUUGGAAAGUACUACUGGGAGUACAGCUUUGGCUCUUUUGAAGGCUGUUGUGAGUCGCAAGCUUCUUAUUCCUGAGCUGUGUGACAUGAUGACCCGUGUUUCCGGAGUGAUGGUACAGAGUCAACUCCCCGCUGUUCGACAGGUCUGCAGCCAGAUUUUUCUUCAGUUCUUGCUUGACUAUCCACUUGGAGCUAAGCGUCUGCAGCAGCAUCUUGGCUUCCUCUUAACAAAUUUAGGGUAUGAGCAUGAAAGUGGUCGAGAGGCGGCUUUAGAAAUGCUUCAUACGAUAAUUAUGAAAUUUCCGGAGGCAGUCGUUGAAGAACAUGCUGAUACAAUUUUCUUACCACUAGUGACAAGGCUGGUGAAUGAUCAAUCAAACCAUGUCCGAACCAUGGUGGGAACAGUGUUGAAGGUGCUCAUGAACAGGGUUGGUCCUCAUGCUCUGCAGAGAAUGGUGGACUUUUCACUCAAAUGGUAUAAGGGUGAAAAUUUUCGACUUUGGCGACCUGCCGCACAGGUACUGGGAUUUUCGAUUGAGGUAAUGAAAGCAAAAUUUAAGAAUUACGUAGAAGAAGUUGUAGGAGCCACAAUUAACAUAUUGAUGAAAUGUACCUCUGAAAGCGAAGAGAAGGAAGACGACCUUCCAUAUUGGCAAGAGGCUUAUGCUUCAUUGAUCAUGACGGAAAAGCUUCUGCAGCAAUUUCCUCAAUUCUGCUUCCAUUUAAAGCUCCAGGAUUUUUGGGAGUUAGUGUGCACUUUGUUACUGCACAAGCACUCUUGGAUUCGACUUGUCUCUGGACGCUUGCUUGGAUUAUACUAUGAUUCAUGUGGUCAGACCAAUCAUAAAAAGAGUAACUCGAAGCUGCCGAUGCUACAUCCAAGUUGGCUCCUAUUCGUUGCUGGAUCCCUUUGUGAGCAGCUUGACGCGGAAAUAAUGGAUAGUGCUCUGGCGGAACAAGUUGUGAAAAAUCUGCUCUAUGUCUCAUCCGCGUUUCCUCAUUCGGAAUCAGCCUACCAUGUCAGUGAACCUAAAAGCCAAAGAAGAAUCGAGGAAGCUAAGAAAAUGCUUGGUGCGAAAGAGAGAGAUUUGAAAAAGGAAGCACAAAACUUGGAUUCUGACGAUGGAGCAAUAGGGGAGGAUGAUGAAGACUUGCCUACUAAUGGAGCCCUAAUGACAGAGGACCAUGUAGACGGAAGUGGUGCAUCUUGGGCUCUUACACUUCUUUUCAGAAGGCUUGAGAAGGUUGCCCUUCGUGUUCAGCCCAUCCAGGCGAAGGCAGUUUUGCAGUGGUAUGCCGCCAUGGCUCCUCGGUUAGGAGUAGUUGGGGUUCAGCCCUAUUUGCGAUCCAUUCUUGUGCCUCUUUUCAAAAUUACUGAAGGAUCUGCGGCGAAGCUUGUGCAAGUGGAGCUCAAGGCGUUGGGCGAUGAAGUGCUAAGCGGCUUGCGAGAAUUACUAGGAGUGAACGAAUUUGUACAAGUGUACAACAACGUUCGUCAGCGGGUUAAAGAUGUCCGCGAGAAACGUAAAAGAGCUCAAAAGCUCAAUGUACUUGUGGAUCCGGAGCGCAAUGCUAAGCGCAAGAUAAGGUUAAAUCAGAAACGACAAGCACAGAAAAAACGGAAAAUUAUAGACUCCAAACGUCAGAGAGGUCUCUAGAGUAUCAGUUUUUCAAAAAAGCCUUAUUUUUUCACUACAAUCCAACUCCUUGAGAAUCAUUUAAUAGAUUUGGUUUAUGGCACUCACUGGUGUGAAAGCCAGCACUGGAGGAUACCAUUUCCGAUCAUUUUUGUACCCACAAGAGUAAGUUUUGUAGAUAGAUUUUAGUGAUCAGACUUCUCAAGAAGUUACAAUUUUGUAGAGUAUUUAAUUAGUACAUUUGAUGAUUGAAAGUGUGAACUGGAGCUUUACUACUCAAACGAGUCUGGACAAGAGUUGCAACUGUCUA